CACCGGCAGCGCUCCUGCAGUGAACCUCCGGAACAUCGAUGCAGUCGCUAAUCAGGGAAAAUUAGAACGGAGGAAUCAUUCGGGCUGGAAGUCACCUCACAAGAUCUCUCCUUCAGCCUCCUGCUGAAAGCACAGACGUUCAUCGGGUAUAAAGCCAAGCAUGCAUUUACUGGAAAACACCUGUUGAGCACUAAUUUUUAUUGUCCACCUGGUCCAGUUGAAUUGUGAGCUGAAAAAGUUCCUGCAGGCUAAAAAGGGAGAAGAUUGAAACAGAGCAAGAGACCCAUUUUGUUGUGGUGUUUCCUUUUUCAGAAAAGGGGCUAGACAUCCAUUCAACUGUGACAUCACUGGGUGGUGGAGAAUAACAUCACCAGGAGAUGGACUGUGAUACCACAUCCCUCGCUGGUUAUAUGUGUUCAUGCAGAGCCUGGCUGCGCCAGUUUAGCUCAAGUCUGGACUUCUGUUGAGUGUGCCUGCAAGUGGGAGCUCCUUCUGGCCCUCAGUUCUCCCCAGGCUGCCGCAGCACGAAGACAUGGCCACAGGGGCAGACUGGAGCUGCCCCAUCUGUCACAACACUCGGAGUGAUGUGGCCUCUGCUCUGCCCUGUAAUGACAAGUUCUGUCUGGGCUGCGUCCUGCGGUGGGCAAAGACAAAUCCAGCAUGCCCACUCUGCAGCAGACCUAUGGAGAUUGUCAAGUUUUCUGAGCGGAGCGAAUGGGACUAUCUACAGUUUGCCAUCAUGGCCUCAGAAGAGUUGGCAGAGGACAGCAGCCAGGCAGGGAGCGCUCCGUUCCACCUGUCCCAAAACAACCCCCAUCACCCUGUGGUGUCCUCUUCAACCUCUCCAGAAAGGAUGCUGUCCCCAGAUGAGCAGGGGACUGCAGAGCCAGAGUUGAUGGGUGGCCUCCUGCCUGAGGUCUGGGCAGAACUUUUCCAAAGGCAACAGCAACUGCUGGACCCUGUGCUUCCCUGGCUGCGCUGGAGGCUGGCAGCAGUCUAUCAGGACCAGUGGUGGCGAGCAGAGGCUGCAGAGGCCUCCAUCCUGCACGGCCUCUGUGUCUGCGGUCCGAAUGCAGAGACCUUGGUUGAGCUGCUGGAGCCUCUCCUCAAUGGGCACACAGCAUCGCUGGUCUAUGGCAUCAUCAAUGUCAUUGCAGGCCAGUGCAUUGACAAAGCCCGAAGGCUGCUGUGCUUCCAUCAUGCCAGCACCAACUCCAGUAGCUCCAGCUACACUAGCUCCCGAGAGGUGACUCUUGCCAAAGAACCCACAGGCUCUGAGGUAGAGGAGGAAGCUGGUACAUCAGAAACUGGUCUCCAAUGUAGUCCCAGCCACCCCCUAUCUAUGCCCACCUGCUCAAAGCAGGACCAGCCCCAGGAAGAGCAGGAGCAGACAGCGGCAGCGGCAGGUCCAUCUGGUCAGGGCUGCAGCCCCUCUCCUCCUGGCCAGGGCAGGAACUGCUCUUCUGGGAAGCCCCGGCAUGCCCGGAAGAGGAGAGCCCCCAGGCCCCAGGAUUCUCCCCUACCCAAGAAGAGGCCACCCCGCCAAUAGCACUAGCAGGCCUCCAGGAAC